CGCUUCAUUUAUAUUUUCAGAGCGUUCCCUUCGGGUUCCCCAAAUUGUCAGUACAAAAUUCAAAAAUGGGCUUUAGCAUGUUAUUAAGUUCCCCCAAGAAGUGGUUCAACACGACUGAAGUUGAGAUGAACAUGUUUGUGAUGGCCGACGACGUAUACAACAUGAUGGAGAUAUUCAGUGAGGCGGCCACCUUCCAGGCCCGGAUGAUCAAGCACAUUGAUCAUAUGCUCGAGAUCUGCGACGUUCUGGUCUUCAUGCUGCUGGCCACCAUUGUCGGUCAACAUAUGUUUCGCCAUUGCUUGCAAAAGCUGCAGAGAACUGUUAGCCGCAGCACCUCGAACAUUCCGCGAAUCAUGGCCCAAAUGAAGAAAAUCAAGGAGAAGCAGAGUAUUCGGGGCAGCAACGCCAACUUCAGAGAAGUCGAAGAGGAAAAGAUAAUCAGCGGGUGGAAUACAAAAUAUAUCCAGAAUCAAAUUGUACAGGGCUAUGCCAGGAGCCCCAUGAUGGCAACUAACAUCAGGAACGAUAACAGCGAACCGAAGAAGUUUUCACGUAGAGUCCCGGAUGAUGACGAGAUCACACUGAAGCCACCGGUGGUGGAGAACUACUCAGCCAAGCUGAUCGGAACGCCAGAAUGGGCUGCCAAUUGCUUGGCCACGGGCGGACCACGCCAGAAACCACUGCAUAUAGAUAGUACAGGUAGCUCUCAAAGUCAUUUAGCUGAGUGAAUUACGAGCGACUGCACCAGGGGACUGAUGUUGUGGCUUUGCGGUUAGUGAUUCAAAUCGGACGCUCAAAACGAAUACAAGUAUUAUCAUCAUCAAUUAAAAGAAAUAUAAGCAUGGA